AGUCUGCCUCAGGUGCGCAAAUUUGUCAGGUGUCAAACGUUUUACCGGCAGCAUCGAGACAUGAGGAAGUACUGGUGGAGCGGUUUGACCGGACUGGUGUUUUGGAACCCAAAAACCAGCGAUAAGGAGGUCGUCCAAGGUCAUGGGGCGCAGAAGAUGGACGCCCACGUGGGCAGCGGGGACGAGAACGCUGAGCGGGGCAACUGGAGCAACAAGAGGGAGUACAUGCUGUCCAUGGUGGGCUACGCCGUGGGGCUGGGCAACGUCUGGAGGUUCCCCUACCUCACCUACAAACACGGCGGCGGUGCUUUCCUCAUUCCGUACACCAUCAUGCUGGCGGUGGCUGGAGUUCCCCUGUUCUUUCUGGAGAGCUCGCUGGGCCAGUUUGCCAGCCAGGGCCCCAUCAACGUGUGGAGAGCUGUGCCCAUACUGCAAGGUGUUGGAAUCACCAUGGUGAUUGUGAGUACGCUGGUGUCUGUCUACUACAACGUGAUCAUCGCGUACAGCCUCUUCUACCUGUUCGCGUCCUUCCAGUACCCGCUCCCCUGGAGCUGUGCUGCCUGGUACGGAGACAACUGCACCAUGUCCCCCAGAGUUUGCAACGAGAGUGUGAGCAUCAACACGAGCCUGUUGCUGAUGAACUCUAGUGUGGGAUCUGAGAACUGCUCUGAGUCCAGUGCCCCAGCAGUACCUGCUAGCAGCCCCAGCGAGCAGUACUGGGACGAGCGGGUUCUGUGGCGGACGGCCUCGAUGGAGGAGACGGGUCCGGUGGUGUGGCACCUGGCCUUGUGUCUGCUCCUGGGAUGGCUCCUCGUGGGAGCCGCCCUCUUCAAAGGCAUCAAGUCCUCGGGGAAGGUGGUGUACUUCACAGCCACCUUUCCCUACGUGGUGCUGCUGAUACUGCUCAUCCAAGGGGCCAUCCAGGAGGGUGCCAGAGAUGGCAUCGAGUACUACAUUGGCAGCAAGUCCAACCUCACCAAGCUGGCAGAGGCCGAGGUAUGGAAAGACGCCGCAUCACAGAUCUUUUUCUCCUUGUCCAUCGCCUGGGGCGGUGUCACGGCUCUGUCCUCCUACAACCGUUUCCAUAACAACUGUUUCCAGGAUGCGGUCAUCGUGUGUGUGGUCAACUGUGCCACGAGCAUCUUCGCGGGCUUCGCCAUCUUCUCCAUCCUGGGUCACAUGGCCUUCGUCUACAAGAAGUCUGUGCCCGAGGUGGCCAGCGCAGGGUUUGGGCUGGCCUUCAUAGCGUACCCUGAUGCCCUGUCCCAGCUGCCCGUGUCUCCUCUCUGGUCCAUCCUCUUCUUCUUCAUGCUGCUCACACUUGGCCUGGACUCCCAGUUCGCUGGCAUCGAGGUCAUCUCAACGUGUCUCUCGGAUGCCUGUCCUGCAUACUUCAAGUCCAAGAGAAGCCAUGUGACCGUCGGCGUGUGUGUUGUCCUCUUCCUGCUUGGACUGCCCUGCGUUACAGGGGCAGGCAUAUACUGGGUCACCCUGAUUGACCACUUCUGCGCUGGAUGGGUCCUUCUGUUUGCUGGACUGCUGGAGUUAAUUGGUCUAUCUUAUAUCUAUGGACUGAAUCGCUUCAUCAAGGACAUUGAGAUGAUGAUCGGCGUGAAGAGCGCCACCUUCUGGCUGUGGUGGAGGGCGUGCUGGUUCUUCAUCUCCCCCGUGGUGAUCCUGGUGAUCCUGAUCUGGUCCCUGUACACCUUCACCCCCCCCACCUACGGCUCGGUGGCGUACCCAGCGUGGGCUGUGUCUCUGGGCUGGAGCAUCACGGCCUUCUGCCUCAUCUGGAUCCCCAUCCUGGCCGUCUGGAGAGUAGCCACUGCCUCCGGAAGCCUCUGGCAGCGUGUGAAGACGGCGUGCAGAGCUACAGAGGACUGGCGUCCGUUCCUGGAGCACCACCGGGGGGCGCGCUACAGCGACGAGCAGCAGCAUCCGGGGAGGAAGCACAUCGAGCUCUACUCCGACCUCUUCGUCAUCUCCAACAACAACACCCGCUUGUGAUCGCCACCGCUGUUUUAAAUCAUAACGUUUUUUUAUGAUCUGUAUGUUUUUAAUUAUUCACAUUUAUUUGUUUUUUCAUCUUUUUGUUAUUUUUUGUUUACAAGUGUUUGUCGUGAAGUAUGCAGGGAAGGUGACAUUUCCUGUUUAAGCUUGUGGAGAAACCUCGUUAAGAGGUCAUGAAGGAUAAGGAGAGCUGUAGAACAAAUCGAAUGGUUUUAAUGAGCACUUGUUUUGUAGGACUAGGUCAUGAUUUCCAUGAAAUGAUUAGUAGUCUGUGUGUGUGUUUUAUAUCUCUGAACUGUUGCGUGGCUCUGCCAACUGUGAGCUGUGUGUUGUUUACACAGAUCUUUUACAGUGUUUUAAUUGUUUUAGACAGAAUGGUCUGUGUGUAGACUGGUCUGUGCUAUCUUUAAUUGUGCACUUUUACUGCACUGUUUACACAAACUUGAUUGAAAUACUAAUUGUUAUUUGCCAUAAAUCAUGCCAUUUAAAUAUUUUCUAUGCAA